GCGGUGGAACUAGUGAAGGACGGGAAGAGGAGGCUGGAGGAGAAGAUGAUGAAGCAUGAGUUCCUUCAAGUGGACUUGUACGCCGUCACUCACAACUUCGAGGUCGACGAGUCUCAAUGGGAGCUCUUCGUCUGCGAGUUCUACGGUAAUGACAAGAACCGAAAGCGAAGAGAGAGGAAGAUGAAGCUCGCGCGGAGAAACAACACCAUCGCCAUGGCGACGAGGGGAGAGGGAGUCCUUGCACUCCGAGGAUCGACCUUGUGGACAUCAUCAUUCAAGCAGAAGUCUGAUGUGGGACAAGUGUGGUACAAGUACUUCCUGCAGCGAAAAGGCUGGAGGAGGAAGACGCGGGUGUGGGAGAGCGGCUGUUUCCGCCGGUUCGACACUUCGCUGGGGUACAACAAGAUGAUCAUCGAGGACGUGUUCAAACUCUCGCUGCAUCCUCUGAGCGAGCGGAUCCCCCGGCAGUACCUUGACGAGGACGUGGAAGUUGACAGGCAGGUCAAAGUUCCCUUCUGGUCCGACGAGGGCGAUGUGAACCUCCUCCUCGUCCUCGACACGGGAGUCAAGAAAACUUCUCCAGUCCGUCGCUUCUGCGGCAACCUCCUGCAGGUUCCCAUGGGAUGCCUCAGCUCCGUCAGCGAGCAGAUCGCGGCAGCUCGGAGGAACUUGCUGGACUUUGUCACGAGGCAGGAGCUGGAAAUCAACUGGAUGACGACCCCGGACAUGCCCCCGCACUGCCAUCCCAAGGAGGUGGUGCUGGUGGACUCCUACAACCAGUGGAGCAAGAAGACUGUGAUGAACCGCCUCGCCUACGGCAUCAACGAGUUCAGGACCACCCUCAAGCUCCCGGCUGGACAGCAUCAGCUCGCUUUCUAUGUCGACGGCGAGCGGUUGUGCUCCCCGAACUAUCCGCUGAUAGAGGUGGAGGGCAGCGAGGACUACAACAACAUUAUCUCCAUCAGGCACUCUCCAACUAUCCUCAGAAAGCUCUCGCUGCUCUUGCUGGGAAUUUUUAACCCGAGGAACCUUCUGUCGUUUCAGUUCCUCGUGGUUAACGCGGUGAUGAAGCUCGACUUGUUGACUGUCGACGACAUCAUGCUGUUGUCAAAGAACCCAACCCUGUCUUACAACGCGGCCAGGGAGCACCUUGUGCGGAAUUUCCUUCGGCAGUCCAAGGAGUACAUCAUGUACGUCAUAGAGAUGCCAAUGAAGGCGGCGAGGAGCAUCCGGCGCAUCCUCAGCCUCUUAGACUCAGGUGAGGAACAAAUUUGUUGCGACCAAGACACGUUGCAGCGAUUGAAUAAGCUGGAGGAGGUCGACGCGUUGCACAGCCAGCUGCAGGAGAGGAGGACGAUGGCGAUGCUGGCUACGAGAGCUGUGCAACUGGAGACUGUCUGUCUAGCCAUGAGCGUUUGAAGCUUCAUAAAGUCCGUGACUAAAUCCG